AUGGAAAGUUCAAGUAGAAAAAACUCACAAGAUGCUAAUAGAGAUGUCUCACAAGGCUCAAAAUAUAUUGAAGAGGAUGAGAUCCUGGAAAUAAAAUCAUCUUUGAAUACUCUUAAACCAACCCCACCACCUGAAGAAAUAUCAGUUAUAAGAGAAAUAUUAUUUUUGUUUUGUGUGGCAGUACAACAGAUGCUAACCCAAGCAGGUGUAGCACAGACCACUAAUCCAUCUACAGCUAUUGCAAAAACAUUUGGGGUCGAAGAUCUGAAUGGAGAAAAAUCUUGGUUCACAGCAUCAUAUUCGCUUACAGUUGGUACAUUCAUUUUGAUUGCGGGAAGAUUAGGAGAUAUGUACGGGUAUAAGAAGAUUUAUUUAAUAGGGUUUGCUUGGUUUGCAGUAUGGUCUUUGGUGGCCGGGUUUUCUGGGUUUACAACCUCUCAGAUUUUUUUUGAUGUGGCUAGGGCAAUGCAGGGAAUAGGCCCGGCUUUAUCUAUACCUAAUGCUAUGGCAUUAAUUGGACAUUACUAUCCAAAAGGUUUCAAGAAAGAUCUCUGCAUGUGCUUGUAUGGAAGUGUGGCACCUACAGGGUUUAUGUUGGGUGCACUUUUCAGCGGAUUAGUAGCUGAGUUGGUAGACACAAUGGCGCUUCCUGGAGUCUUCCUAGGCUACUUUUUGUUAGGAAUAGCAUGUGUUUUAGUAUCAGUACUCGGAUACUUUGCCAUCCCUCAAAAUAUUGGUAAUUUUGAUUCAGAAAGAGAGGAAGAUACUUUUGAUUGGUUUGGUUCUCUCUUUGGUGUAUGUGGACUCGUUUUAAUCAAUUUUGCAUGGAAUCAGGGACCUAAUGUAGGAUGGGACAAGGCAUAUGUCUACAUCUUAUUGAUAGUUGGAUUUAUACUGAUAGGCUUAUUUUUUGUGGCAGAAAGUAAGGCUAAAGAUCCUCUAAUUCCAUCUGUUGCGUUAAAGGGUGAGACGGGAUUUGUUUUAGGUUGCAUUGCUGCAGGGUGGUCGUGUUUUGGGGUUUGGUUAUAUUAUACUUUCCAAUGGAAUGAAUUUGUUGAUAACCAAUCACCAAUAAUAGGAGGUGUUCAUUUUGUUCCCGCAGCUAUUGUGGGGUACGUUGCUGCUGCUUUGACUGCGGUAUUAUUACAAAAGCUUCCACUGUCAAUCGUUAUGCAUUUUGCUAUGUUGUUCUUCUUGAUUGGAAUCAUACUAAUGGGUACAAGGCCUGUUGGUCAAAUCUACUGGACCCAAAAGUUCUUUUCUUUGAUAAUACAAAGUUUCGGUAUGGAUAUGAGUUUUCCAGCUGGAACCGUUAUAUUGUCAAAUAGUCUUCCAAAAUCCCAACAGGGUAUAGCUGCCUCAUUGGUUGCAACAUUUCAGAAUUAUGCGAUCUCCAUUGGUUUAGGAUUUGCUGGUACCGUUGAGUACUAUCAGACCAGGAAUCUUCCAGAUACUUUGGACUCAAAAAUCCAUGGUUUUAGAGUAGCCUUUUACAUGGGGAUGGGAUUAGCGGGCUGUGGAGUAAUCCUUUCUUUGAUUUUCAUUUUAAAACAAUACAAAGAGAGAAUCCACCUUCGUAAAUCAGAAAAAUCUGCCCUUUCGUCGAUUCCUUGA